AUAGCCCCCCACGGCUCUGUGCAAAAUAAAAAGGUGGGUCGUGUGUGCUGCAACUAACAUUUUCUUGCCUCACUGUCGAAAAAGUUUGCGCCGCCACUGCCUAGACCUAGGUACUAUUACAAUAGUAGCAGGCUCAUGAUAGACGUACUCACAAAUAUUAUAGUCACUAUUAAAGAUAAUAUGUUUAAUAGUGAUUAUAUUAUAAGUAAAUAGGUAAAUAUACAUUCCACGAUGUAGGUAAUACCUACAUCGUGAUACAUUCGUACUAGGAAUUAAAAUAUAUUUUUUUAUCACGUAGUAUCUAUCAACCAGUUGUAACUUGUAAUUGUGAUAUCAUCUAUCUUAGAGACAGCUGAUAUAGAUAAUAGUUGUGAAUGUUCUAUGAUUAUAUGUGAUCUAAGACCUGUUGCGCACUAUCAUAAUUCGAUAAUUCAUAAAAUUAAUUAUUAAUAGAUUCAUGGUUUGUCUUUGAAUUCGUAUUUUGUAUUAGCUGUAUUUAUCCAAAAGAUUCCCAGUAGUAGUUACCAAGUAUGGCAAAAGCUUUGUAUUUAGAUUUACGACGAGUUUGAGUCGUAGAAAGUAUGACGCUGGAAACCACAGAGGUGCGUAAAAUGGAUGCUGCGCUCAAAUUUGAGCUGGUCAAUUUGUUAGAUAUUAAUGAUGGCUGGAAAUCACUAAUGGCAUCUGUAACUGUAGACUGUGAUCCGAAUAAAAGUCCAAAAUAUACAUUUGAUCACUUAAAGUUAAUAGAAAUGGCAAGCCAAACACAACGGCGAUCUUGUAGUGAGAUAUUUUUGGAAGAAUGGGGAACUAGUGGUCAUAUUAGGCCUAACUUGAAGAUACUUAUGGAUAUGUUGUUCAAAUUAAAGUUAGUACGAGCUGCUGAAUGUGUAGCUUCUAAAAUCAUGAAUGAUAAGCCUAUUGACAGGUUGGCGACAUCUAUGGAUUUUCUCGACAUUGAUGAAUACACAGAUAAUGAUAAUAGUGAAAAUUGCAAGUCUACUUUGUUCGCUCAUCAGCUAGAAACCAGGUCAACUAAAAAUGACGACAAAAGUAAUGGCAGGUUUGAUAAAAUUAAGCUACCUUACAAAUAUUUAUCUAAUGCCACAAAUGGAUUUUCGGAUUCAUGUUUAAUUGGAGCUGGUGGAUUUGGUAAAGUAUUCAAAGCCAAAUUGACUAACCAAAUAGUGGCAAUAAAACUUAUGGACAAAAUAUUUGAAGAAAAAGAUUUUAAACAGUAUUUAAAUGAAAUUGAUAUUGUUUUAAAAUUUAAACAUGAUAAUAUAUUACCAUUACUGGCAAUUUCAUGUGAUGAACAGCCGUGUGUUAUUUAUGAGUUUAUGGAGAAUGGUUCAUUAUUGGAUUGCUUAGCAUGCAAAAAUAGAUCAUCAAUAUUAGAUUGGAAACUAAGAAUAAAAAUCGGAACAGAUGUAGCCAGUGGGUUGGUUUACUUACACACAGCAUUUGAAACACCUUUCAUACAUCGAGACAUUAAAACUGCAAAUAUUCUUCUGGACAAUAAAUUCAUUGCCAAAAUUGGUGACUUUGGCUUAACUCGAAUAGGAGAUCAUACAAUGACAUCUGUUGUAUUAGGAACAUCUGCAUAUAUGUCACCUGAAGCAUUUAGAGGUGACAUUUCUAUGAAAAUAGAUGUUUUCAGCUUUGGAGUUGUAUUAUUGGAGUUAAUAACUGGAUUAGCACCGUAUGAUGAAUGUCGAACUGGUUGUGACUUGUUAACUCAUAUAAGUGAAAUUGAAUGCCCUAUUGAAGAAUUAUUGGACAAGCGUGCCGGAUAUUGGAACAACAGUAUUGCUAGAAAAAUAUAUGACUUGGCAAUUCUUUGUACAGCUGCUAAAACUCAAAGGCCAUUUAUGCAUGGUCAAGAAGGUGUUUUUGAAUCUCUUAAAAAUAUUCAAUCUGAAAUAGAUAUAUAGUAUAUACCAUCAUGAAAAUGCAUAAUUAUAUAAUUUGUUGUGUAUAACAAUUAAGUUACCAUAAUCAUUAAAAGAAAAUUAUAUUUUUGUAUUUAAACAUUUACUAUCACUAUUUAUUUUCCGAUAUUGCUCAGUCUAGAAUUCAAAAUAAAGUUUGACUUGUUAAAGUUGUAUAUAAAAUAAAUUAUUUUUAUUUUGAGCUAUA